AACAAAAUCGUAUAAAGUGCGAGAAUAGUAUUUGGUUUAUUGGAAACUAGUCGUAAUUUUAUAUGUCUAAAAUGUAUGCGAGUGGAGUUGUAAUUUGUUAAGAUUUUAAAACGUUAAACUUCAAGGUUAAAUUAAUAAUUGCAAAUAAAAUAAAGGUUUUUACUUCGCUUAAACCUUAGCCGGCACUGUUCUCCGUAUAUCACUACUUCUCAGUAAUAAACUAGACAAUUGUUUUGACAUUUGUUCGUAAUCCAAACCGGAAGUUGAUUUUGUUCACUUCAGGUCACAUGAACUCAGAUUAUGGGCCAAACUUGUUGCGGUGUUUCUCAACUCUCCACUUACACUGCAUCUCUGCUCUGCCACACGGUUCCUGCGAGGCCUCUUCACAUUUACUUCUAAAUUUAACCGUUUAAAAUGGAUAAUUUAAUGAUUUUCUCUCUGGUCUAUUUUGUCCUCUUUACUGUUGCUGUAAACUGCCUCCCUGAGCCGUUCGUGGAGGUUCUUGUGGAUCGGUACCAUGUACCAAAGGUUUGUCCUCGGGAAGUGCAGAAUGAAGAUUUUAUCCGCUUUCAUUUCAACGGAACUUUGUUUACAGACGGAACCAAGUUUGACUCCAGUCACGACCGAGGCAGAGACUUCAUCAGUCAGGUGGGCCUGGGCAAACUCAUCGCAGGGAUGGACCGUGGCAUACAAGGCAUGUGUGUCAACGAACGGAGGCGGAUCACGGUCCCUCCACACUUGGGCUAUGGAAGUGUAGGAACAGGUGGUGUCAUUCCUCCGGAUGCCGUGCUGGUCUAUGAUAUUCUCCUGCUGGAUGUAUGGAACACUGAAGACAAGGUGGAAAUUCGCACCAUCAGCAAACCUGCCGGUUGUAACCGCGCCGCGGUGGCGUCUGAUUUCCUGCGGUACCACUAUAAUGGCACCUUGCUCAACGGUGACGCAUUCGAUUCCAGUCACUCGAAGAAUGCCACCUAUGACACCUAUUUGGGACAAGGCCACAUUAUCCAGGGUAUGGACGAGGGUCUUUUGGGCAUGUGUAUUGGUGAAAGACGCAUCAUCAUCAUCCCACCUUUUCUGGCAUAUGGAGAGAAUGGCUAUGGAAGUCUGGUUCCUCCUCAGGCCACACUGGUGUUUGAGGUGUUAUUGGUGGACAUGUUCAACCCAAAGGAUGACAUGAAAAUCGAGGUGAAGGAGGUUCCUAAAGGUUGCACUCGCAGGACUGUGGUCGGUGACUACAUCCGCUACCACUACAACGGUACCUUUCAGGACGGCACGGCCUUCGACUCCAGCUACAAGCGGAAUAGCACCUACAACACGUACAUUGGGAAGGGCUAUGUGAUCCAAGGGAUUGACAAAGCACUGCAGGGUCUGUGUAUGGGAGAGAAACGCAGGGUCACAGUUCCUCCUCACAUGGCCUACGGAGAAAAAGGAGUCGGCGACCUCAUCCCUGGAUCUGCUGUGCUGGUCUUUGACAUUCACGUCAUUGACUUCCACAACCCUGAAGACCCGGUCAAGAUUAAAGUGACCCACAAGUCUCAGGACUGCGGUGAAACCAGUGAAGCCAACGACCUGAUUCAGUAUCGUUACAAUUGCUCCUUGAUGGACGGCACACUGCUCUACUCCUCAGACCACUACGACUCCCCUUCUACCACCACUCUAGGAAGGAAUAAUGUCAUCUACGGUCUGGAGGAGGGACUGAGUGGCAUGUGUGUGGGCGAAAAGAGGGAGGUGAUUGUCCCCCCCCACUUAGGACACGGUGAAGCUGGAGCUGUAGGCGUGCCCAGCAGUGCCGUGCUCUUCUUUGAACUGGAGUUGAUGGACCUUCAGAAGGGAGUACCUGAAGGCUUCAUGUUCAUGUGGCUUGGAGACAGCCCAGACCCCCUCUUUCCUGCCAUGGACCUCAAUGGAAACCAAGAGGUCCCUUUAGAAGAGUUUUCAUCUUUUAUAAUGAACCAAGUGAAGGAGGGCAAAGGUCGACUCAGACCGGGGGUGGAUGCCAAUGCAGUCAUUCAGGAAAUGUUUAGUAAUCAGGACAGCAACGGAGACGGAAAAAUCAUUGGAGACGAACUAAAACAGACAGAUGAGGCGUCUGAGAAAAGGAAACGUGACGAGCUUUGAGGGGACAGUGGCAAUUUUCUGAAAAUGUGAAAGGAAUAUAUAUAUAUAUAUAUAUAUAUAUAUAUAUAUAUAUACU